AUGCAGUCACAAAGGCUUUGUAUCAUCUUCUUCGCGGUGCUGAUCUCAGCUUGCUGCGGUCACAUCGGCGGUGGGGUAGCCCUCCAAGAUGUCAGUCCUCAAGUUUAUUGCGGUCGGACCUUGGCUAAGGCACUAGCCUUACUCUGUUUUGAUGAACCGUCUAGCGAGAAACGAUCUGAAAGUGGAACUAUGUACAAUUCCAUUUUAACUCCAUAUUACAAGGAACAAGACACCCAACUCGGCUGGCCAUGGAUGCCAUCACACAAAGCCCGGUCCAUGGGCCUACCUUCUCGCGGAAAACGUCAGUUUGUAGUCAACGAAUGUUGCGACAAAGCUUGUAGCAUCAACGAGUUAUUGUCAUACUGUUAG